AUGAAAUCUAUUAAGAAACCUGGAGGGGAACGUCCUUUGCCGGACCGAAUUCAGCAGAACAGUAUGGAGCCCAUCGUACGAGAUGGCAAAAUUCGAGAACAAAUCGAACUGGAGAAUAAAGUCCGCCGAGAGUACCCGAAGAAAUGGGGUUUCAUAACGCAGCCGGAGACGACCGACUAUAUGAACCUCAGAAAGAACAAUCAACGACUGAAGGACCUGCACCAGCAAAAGGGCGAAAAAAUUACCAUACGUGAGUACGACGGACAUGGGGAGUCGUACUUUCUUUCGCGGCAAAUGUUUAAGACACUGCUGGAUACUUGCCGCUGCGGCCGGAAGAAAGUAGCCAACAUGCAUGCUUUGAAGUGUUUGGAAAAACCAAAAACCGUGUACGAGAAAACGGACGAUGAAGAAGAGGAAGAGGACACCAAGAAGGAUCAGGUAAAAAAGGAAAAACUUGAAGAAAAAAGUACCAGUUAUAUUCCGAAGGUGCCGACUUUGAGCUCCGGAAUGUACGGUUGGCCGCAGAACCGCUUCGUCGAGAUGGAAAGAACGACCUACUAUAUUUCACCACGCUACACCAUGCCUGGCUAUCCGAUUGUGGAUUGUCAUCCGUAUCAUAACAUUAUUUUGGGUUAA